AUGAUUAAAGACGCAUCCGCACAUAUCCAAUACCCUUCAGAAAACAACAAGCCUUCCGAGGAUGGGGGAUUCACCGUCCACUGCAAAGAUCUCGAAUGGCUACCACUCGCCCCCAAAGUCUUCAUCAAAAUAAUCAAGACUGUUCCCGAAACAGGCGAAUAUUCAAUCAUGGUUCGGGCUGAAAAAGGCGGGGUUCUUCCUCGACAUCGGCACCUUGACAGUGCCGAGAUAUACGUUAUGAAGGGUAGUGGUGCGCAUCCUCAGACAGGUAGCUUUGCUGAAGGAGACUAUGUUUCUGAAAGCAAAGGAGCAACUCACGACCCUCUAGUGUUCGAAAAUGCCACGGAACUCUUGAUGGUCAGCAGGGGGCCUUCAAUGUUUCUGGAUGAUGACGGCUCAGAUUUGUACAUGAUGGAUGUGGCGAUGCUAGAGAGGAUGACUGGGGGCAGAGAUUAG